AUGCAGUUAAUCCACUUCAACAUCGCGCUCGCUCUUCUCGCCAUAACGUGCUCGGCUGGCCCGAUCGCCCAGUUUGCCCACAAGAUUCGAGAUCUGGAACAAAGCAGCCAUAUUCCUGGACCUACAGCAUAUCCCAGGCCGGCACAACUCGAUAUACAUGUACCAGCGGCUUCAGAUGAAGCAAAUGGUGGCUUGGAUGUUGUUCCCAUCACGCCUUCCGUGACGGCGGAUGGUACUCAGCCGGCGGUGCCACAGGCUUCGUAUACCUCUACUGAGGUUCCUGGAUCAUCAAUGCUUCCGGCAGAAGGGCAGUCGGGCGCAGUUACUCCGUUGUCGUCUGCGAAGGCUACUUCGGCUUUGUCGACAGCGGACAGUUCUCGUGCAACGGCGGAUAGUGGGACGUCUAGCUCUACUGAGGUACCUGGAUCCUCGAUGCUUCCAGCAGAAGGGUAUUCGGGGACAGUUACUCCGUUGGUAUCUGCAGAAGUUCCUUUGCCUUCGUCUACAGCGGACAGUUCUCGUGCGACAGUGGAUAGUAGUACAUCUAGCUCUCCAGAGAUACCCACAUCUUCCACACUUGCAAGGGAAAAGCAUUCGUCUGCGAUCGCUUCCUCGUCCGCAGAAGCUACUUUAUCUUCAUCGGAGACAUCUGCGGUUGUCAUUCCGAACACCUCUCACUCCCAUUCGACAUCCCACUCAGCGUCAACUCCGACUGUGUCCAAGUCUACAACCUCAACCUCGACCCCUCUUAUCAAGCACAGACCGACGGCAGGACCUUCACCUGAGCUUUCCACAUUUACACCCAUUUCAAUCGUUAUCAUCUCACCAAGCCCGGCCCCAGCAAGCACACCCACCACGACAUCCAGUCUGACCGCUGGUGUCGUUGGACCAUUGUCUGAGGCCGGGACGGCCAGCUCAUCUCCUUCAACUACUUUCUUUGCAACAGCUCUGCCAGAGACCCAUUCUUCAACGCCAACGGUGACCGAGACCACGACGUCCAGCCCGACUGCCAGCGUUGUAGGACCGCAACCCGAGACAGAUACAACCACGUCUUCUUCCUCUUCAACAGCAUCUGCAUCCUCUCUACCAGACACUACACCUACAGAUCUAGCAGGUCAGAUCCGUACCACCUCCAGCGCGCAGUCCACACCCACCACAACACAAAGCUCAAGUACAGCCGAAAGUACAACUACACUCCCACCCCUCCGCUCCGCAACACCAGCCCCCUUCAUCGGAGAAACCACAAGCAGUCAGCUCCAGAGCGCUAGCCCUACCGCCAGCACCGACAGUGACAUCACACCCGUCCUCACACCGGUGAUUGUCCUCAUUACACCCGGCGCAGAACCGACCCCGGCGACAACGACGACCACAACUCACCCAGACCCAUACGCAAACGCAAAUGCAAACGCAAACGCAAACGCAGAUCCAACAAGCAGCCCUGCAUCUGGCCCUACCGAAGGAGAGGAGAUAACCAGAAUCCACGCGACAGCAACCAUAACCAAGAGCGUGGUUGUAUUUGCUUCCAGCACUCCUACGGCUGAGACGCCAGCUCCAGCUGCCACUACCGAGGAGACUGAGCCGGGAUUGGGCUCAAAGAUCACACUUACGACAGCUGCGCCUACGCCUACGCCUACUGCCCCCUAUAGAGAUCCGGGUGAUGCCCAUUUGUCCAUUGUGCCUGUUACGCCGGGGUGA